UUUCUGAGGAAAGCAGCUUUGUCUGGGAACUGCCUUUCUGCAGAAUGCCUCUGUCUCUGCGGUGCAUCUCCAGUAAUAUUUUGUUUAUUCCAGCAAAGAGUGAAAGCUUUCCACAUGGUCAACAUGUUCAGGAGAGAUCUGAGACUUGAUUCCUGGUUCUUCAGUUUUCUGGUCAGUCUGUCCAGGAGUCUCCUUGCCUUUGCGGUCCUUGCCAAGAACCAGACUUCUAAAGGUUUUGCUCCUGUCACGAUUGAGACCUCAAGACACACAUAUGAGUAUGUGGCCACUGCCUUGGACUGGUGGCAUGCUGACAGGUACUGUGAGCAGCACUUUGCUCAGCUGCUCUUUGAACCCCAGCACAGUGAGCAAGAUUCCUUCAGCAAACUGCUGCAGUCCCACCACAUCACAGGUUCUGUCUGGCUGAAGGAAAGGGAUGGUGUCCUGCACAAACCAAAGAGGAGACGAGGCCACAGCGUACCAGUCCUGGUGUUCAGAGACAAAACAGACACAAAGUACGUGAAGGUGCUCUCUGACUUCCCAGCCCUGCCUGCUGUCACAGCCUGUGCCCACCUGCAGUGGGACACCAGGACCCAGGAGAUCGCCACCAUCUUCUCCUACGCUGUGCCAGCUUUCAUCAACGAGUUCCAGCUCCGGGGCUUCAUGGACGAGGAAGGCUUUGUCCGUUUUGCUCUCAUAGUCCAUGGGCACCAUUCCCCGUACCUGCCCGUGUUCCGUGCCGACGGGCAGUGGCAUCACUUCUGCGUGACCUGGCAGCAGGAAAACGGGACCUGGGCCAUCUAUGCCGAUGGGAAAAGGAGGGCAUCUGCCAGUGGUUUGUGUGCUGCAGGACCAGCUGCCCCCCAAGCCAUCUACGGCCAGGGGACCUUCAUCAUUGGGCAGGACCAAGAUUCCCUGGGGGGCACCUUCAGGGCGAAGGAGUCCUUCAGUGGGAACAUCACUGACUUACACAUCUGGCAGAAAGUCCUCAGCACGGAGCAGAUUGAGAAGGUUCGGUCGUGCUGGGUCACAGAGCAGGACCUUGUGUUUGGGUGGAGCUCAAACGCGCUGGAGCUGGAGAGCUCCGUUCAGACAGUGACCACCCAGCUUCUCUGCCCAGGGCCUGUCGAGGAAUGCCGAGUUUUGGAAGUUGGCAGCAAUGGAUUCAGUUAUGCAUCUUGUUUGCAGACUUUGCCUUUCAUCUGUCAAUACAGAAAGGAUGCAUACUGGCAACUGAAAAGAGCCCAGCUGGAGUCCAGCCACUCGCUUGUCAGCCAUGUGAACACGCUUGCAGCGAGGUCUGUGGUUCCUGACAGCUUCUUCGCGAGUGGUGUCCAAGACAUGAACCUCUCUGUGGCUCUUGGUGCUCUUGAUGCCUUGGCAACGGUUCUGAGGGAAGGAGAAAUGUCCACGCUGGAGCCCUCUGACCUCCUGGAAGUGCUUCAAUUGCUAAAGCAAGUUUCAGAUGUGGAAGUGCAGGAGGGAGAUGACCUGGAGAUGUUGGAGCAGUUGGGCCAGUAUUAUAUGGAAGUGACUGAGUUAAUCCUGGAAGAGCAGAAUACUGGGACGUGGUCGUCGGUCAGCCAGGUUGUCAGAGGGCCCAUGGCUGUUGUUGAGCUCUGUGACAGAAUGGUGUCACUCUUAGUCCCACUGCUGACUGCAGAGAGGACAAGGAUCACAGUCCAGCACAGGAAUAUUGGGAUGGAGGUGAGGGAGCUGGAGCUGAGCGGGCAGGAGCUGAGUGAUGAGUCAUAUGUGGUCCAGACUGUCGAGAAGGGCAGGCAUGACUUCAUCGAGGUUCCUGCAGAAGAAAUGCAAAGACUGAAAGCCAGAGGUCUCCGCAGGGUCACAAUGAAGAACCUGUGGUUUGGCUACGGGGCCCUGCAGCGCUGCCUGUCCGGCACUGCUGUGUCCCAGCACGUGGCUGCCUCUGACGGGGGAUACAAGUACGUGAGCACUGCGGUGGGCACUGCUGUGAUCUCAUCCACGCUGCUCUGCAACUACCAGGAGAUCAGCACGUCCGUGCGCUACCGCCUGCAGCACCGAGCGCAGGACCUGCCUGAUAUGCUGGUGUGGCCCAUCUGUGCCUUCUGGAACUUCAGCCUCAGCCCAGAUGCUGGUGGGAUGUGGUCCACAGCUGGCUGCUCUGUGGUGACGUCUCUCCAGGACUCCACUGCCUGUUUUUGCAACCACACCACGAAUUUUGCCAUCCUGCUGCAGGUGUAUGAGCUGCAGAUGACCGCCAAGGAGGAGUUCACACUGCAGACCUUGACUUUUAUUGGAUGUGGAGUUUCCUUCUGUGCCUUGAUAGUCACCUUCAUUUUGUUCUUGGUGGUUCGUGUCCCCAAGAGUGAACGGACAACAGUGCACAAGAACCUGAUCUUUGCAUUGGCUGCAGGAGAAGCUCUGCUCAUGUUAAGUGAGUUGGCCAAGAGCAACCAGGUGCUGUGUUUCAUGGUCACUGCCUUCCUACACUUCUUUUUCAUGGCAGCCUUCUCAUGGAUGCUGGUAGAGGGGCUUCUCCUCUGGAGCAAGGUGGUAGCAGUCAACAUGAGUGAAGACAGGAGAAUGAAGUUCUACUACGUGACAGGCUGGGGUCUUCCAGUCCUUAUUGUGGGGGUGACCCUUGCAACUUCCUUUAACAAGUACGUGGCAGCAAACCACUGCUGGCUGAACAUGCAGACCAACGUCAUCUGGGCCUUCGUGGGUCCUGUGCUCUUCAUCCUGGCUGUGAACACCUUCGUGCUGCUCCGGGUGGUGACGGUGACAGUGUCCAGUGCUCGCAGGAGAUCAAAGAUGCUGACACCCAACAGCAGCCUGGAGAGCCAGAUCGGAGCACAGAUAUGGGCCAUGGCCAAGCCUGUCCUGGUGCUGCUGCCCGUGCUGGGGCUGACCUGGGUGUGUGGGGUCCUCGUCCACCUCAGCAUCAUUUGGGCCUAUGUCUCCAUCGUGCUGAACUCUCUCCAGGGCCUGUACAUAUUCCUGGUCUACGCAAUCUAUAACAGUGAGGUGAGGAAUGCCAUCCAGAGGAUGAAAGACAAGAAGAAGGCCCUCUCGUUCACAAACUGCUCUCAUCCCAUCAACUACUUAUCAAGUCCAAGAAAUACGACCUCCUGGGAGACAGGGAAGCUGGGUCCUGCAGCUGAGAGUGCCCUGCCGAGCCCUGCGCAGAAAGCCCCUCCAGUGAACAUCACCAACAGAGGAAAUUUUGGAGCCAAAAUUCCCGUGGGAAUUUCAUCAAUUAUGUCACCUGAGAGACCGGCCGUAGAGCUGACAGCGUUCAAAUCCUCAGGUUUCUGAGAAGUUUCUGGGUGACAAGCCUACAACACUGAGGGUUUUCCAACAGUCGGGAAGGACGGCAGGUUGGAGGAACUGGCUUCCCCGGAGGGCUGUCCUUGUUACCUGCACUUCUCCCCAGCAGCAUGUGCAGGUGAAACCAAGGCAGGACUGGGGUACUGUGGGGUCUCGUGGGGUUUCGUCUGCUGCUGCUGAUGGCUCUGCUUCUCUUCUGGGUGUGCAGCCAACAGCAGGGACUUGUGCUGGGGGUCCCUGUGGCUCAUGCAGCCUCUGCCGGGGCAGCCAAGGCUGGCCUGGGGAGUGCCCCAUGUCACUGUCACCACCGGCAGCACUGGCAGCGUGGUUGUGUGCACUUGUUGCUGCUUCUAACAGAGCUCAUUUAGCCUGGGCACCUGGAGCAGUGGGGUGGGAACAAGCCCAGCUGUGCCCGUGGCAGCCGUGCCCAUGCUCCGUGCCAGUGAGGACGGCUGCCUUCCCCAGCCCCACUGCCAGCCCAGCACAUCACUGUGCCAGGGCAGGGCUGGGGACAGGCUGCAUAGGAAGCACAUGCACUAGGGAAGCCAGCAGCUGGCUCCAGGCCUUUUCUAAACCAGCUGACAUCAAUAGCAUCUUCUGCUGUUUAUGACAAAAAUCCUCUCCCUGCUCUUGCCUGGGCGCCUGCCUGAGCUCCUGCCUGGCUGGUGUGGCCCCUCCCAGCUGGGUUCUGUUUUCCCUCCCUGUUCUCCUGUUACCUCCGUAGUGUUUAGAGCACAGACAACGUGGUGGGUUUUUGCUGAUUAUGAUGACAGUAAAUGCUGAUUUUAAAGGCAACCUUCUCUCCCUGUUGCACUGUGUCCAAGGGAAGGGGCUCAUGCAGUGGCUCUGUGCAGCUGAGCACAGCAAAGGGGUUUGGCUGCAGUGCAAGGACCAGGGCACUGCCCACUCCCCUGUGCCCUGUCCUGUGUUCCCCGUGUUCCCUGAUCCCAGCACAGCGUGUGCUGCCCAGCCUGUGUUUACGUGUUGGGCUCUGCAGCCCUGGAGCUGCCCUGUGCUGGGCAGGAGGUGGGAUUGGUGUGUGGAUGUCACUUGGCUGGAGUCAGCCAAGCACCUCCAGCUGCCAGAGUCAGGGAGGGGUGGGCCUUGGGGCACCCCCAGCACCGAAAUCUUACAGACAGUCACCACAUCUAUGUCAGAGGCUGUGGCAGAGCUCUGUGCUUUGCCACGGCUUUGCUCCCUGCCAUGGUGUGUGCCACGCCAGGGGCCAUGGUAACCACCAAGAGCUACAUGAGCAAUCCAAGUCUAAGAUAAUUGCUAAGAUAAAUGUUGCCAUUCGUUAGCUCGCUUGAAAAACACGCUCAGAGUCACUAUGGCAGUUCCCUGCAGCACUUUUUACCAGACCUUGAGGCACCGAUGCCUUGAAUCCCGCAGCCACAGCGUCCCGGGCCCACAAAGACAGGCAGCACCCUAGGAGUGGGCACCAGGAGCCAAGCACUGCUCCUCUGCCCACGGGGAGCUGGGGAAACACCAGCCAGGAGGGGUAGAAAGACAGUCAAAAAAGACGAAGUUUGUGUUUUUAAAUGAACUGCAAAAUUUAUUACAGUGGUUUGCUCCUGACAAGGAAGUUGGUAACCUUCUGCCUGGGAAGGAAAGGGGAGUAGUGGG